AUGUGUACAAAGAUAAGAAAGCUUGUUGGAUCAGAUGAUCAUGAUAAGAGUAGUAGUAGUGGUGAUGACGAUAACAAUGUCAAGUGCAUCUCAGACUUGAAUAACAAACCAGGUGAUGAUGACAGUUAAUAAGAUCUUGAAACACCCCAGAAUGUGACAAAUGAUGGAUAUCUUUCUUCUUAUGACAACCAAACUUUAUCAAAUCAACAGUGUUUUAGUGUGGUUUGUACUCCUAUUUAUUAUUUGCACUAUAAUUAUUUGUUGCAGACUCACUCAGCUGUGCCUCAUGAGUCAAAAAGAUUUUGACCACUGUGAUGAUGAAUAUUGAAUAUAAGAGCACACUGAGAACAUGCUAGGCCACUUUCGAUUUGUUAAUUUACUACAAUAUUGACGUCUUUCAGAGUGUAACCAUUACCUGACAUGUUGAUGCAAGCAAUGUUUGUACUUGUAUCAAUAAAGACAACUUGGCCAAUCAGAUUGCAACAUUACCGCUAAUUGUGUUGAAGAAAAAAAAUCACCAUCUCUUCUAUUACACUCACAAUACUUUAAGUUUUUAUUGGACUCUGCUGAUUCUAGGUAUAUCUACCGUAUCUACUCAUUGCUCUGUAAAUCACAUGUACAGCAUCCAUCUGCAAAAUCAAAGGAUCUGAGGUUUAAAUUAUUGUAGAGGAGAAAUUCUUCACAACACUUUAUUUUUAAUGGAUGAACAAGCUCAUAUUUCCAAUCUUUCUUUAUUUUUUUGCAACCAUGAGAAUCAAAUAGUAAUGAUGAUAUUGAUGAGGAUAAAUGUUAUCAUAAUGAUGAUGAGAAAAUAACUGUUAGUGAUGAUUUUUUAUUCACUCUGUCCCCAGAAACUAAAGCAAUCUGGGAGGAAACACAGUCAGUGUUUGAUCAAGAGGCUGAUUCUUAUCAAUUCUUAACACCUGAAAUUGUCAUCCCUGCUAAGGCAACAAACAAAUGUGAUGUUGCCGUGCAGGAAAUAUCACGUAACAACAAGAAACAAUCUAAGGAACCUACUCAGAUGAAGAAUCUCAGCAGGAAAACACAGAUGAAAAUUGCAGCAAAAAGGGUUAGUAAUGGGAAAGAAAUUACAAAACAAGGUCUCUGCAGGGAGCUUGUUGAAGAGGACAGUGAAACAUGUCCUGCAAAUGAGAUCCUAGCAAGUGGACAGGGAUUCAAAGAAAUUGUUAAAACUUUGUCUUCAAGUAGUUCAAAAGGUGAAAUAAGAACACAAGCAAAGAUAAAAUGUUUUGGAAAACAUUUAAAGAAAACAAGAUUAAUAAAGAAAACAUGUCCAGUUGUCACAGAAAAUGGUGAUCAUGAAAAUAAAGGACAGACUGAUCACAUGUUAACAGAAAAUAUUGACACUGAACAGUUGGAAGAUACAGAUGAGGGGGUAAACAAUACUGAUAAAGAAAAAGACAAAGAGAACCCUGCCACAGGAUGUUUUACAAGGCUAAGAUCAAAAGGUUCACUUACUUCUGAUGGCUCAGUUAUGAUGCAAAAUGAGGGACCUUUACAUAAAGGGAGUCCUAAAGCUGUAGAAAGCACUCCAAGGACAAGGGCUCAAAAGAGGAACUUGAGAGGAACACCACAGAGUUCUUUACUUUGGACCCUGCCUCAGAAUGAGCUGCAAAAAAAUCUUACAAAUGAAAGAAUCCACAAUGAGCAGGUGCUUAUGAAAAAGAAAAAGACAGAGGCUACCAAAGAAAUUCCUUUGAAGUCCCAAGGUUAGAUUAAAAUAUGCUAAUACAGCUGCUGUAAAUAUUUAAUGAUUGUUUACACUUGAUGAAGGAGUUGACCAUUUUUAAAAAUAUUUCCAAUCUGUUAUUCCUUGAAAACUUCUCCAUGUUUAAGCAUAUGCUGUAGCUCCUAUAAAAAUGUCAUGAAUUAUCUCUCUUAUUCACUUUACAUUGUUCAUGAAUUUAUCUCUGGCAGGAAAUAGGAAAAGAAAAAUGUCAGAGCAGACUUUAAGCAGCCCAAAGAAUUGUAUUCUCUGUCCCCCUGAAGUCAAGAGAAAUAAACGUGGAGAGACACCUCUUCAUGUGGCUGCCAUUAAGGUACACUGUAAUAAAACAGAUUUCUAAUUAAAAAAAAUUGGAGAUUUGGUUUUUAUGGAAGGAAACUCGGAGAACAAAUCUUAAACCAAAAAUGAGAACCAUCAGUUAACUAAACCCACAGGUAAUGUUAGGUUUGGGAUAUUGAAUCUCUGCCACAAUGGUGGAAACCAUGUACAUUCUUUCACUUUACCAUCCUUGCUCCUUUACAUGUAGCCCUUAUUGUCAUAUACAGUUUUCUUUUUCUUUUGUCAUGCAUAACAUAUCUCUGAUGAUCAUGUCUAGUAACUUUUCUUAUCUAAUAUUAUCACCUUCAUAGGGCUGUGUGGAAACUGUGAGAAAGUUACUUGCAGGAGGAGCAAAUCCUAACACCAAAGAUCAUGCUGGCUGGACUCCUCUGGUGAGUUACAUUCCUGACUAUAAUAUGGCAAAUCUUACCUGUUUCAUUGUUCUUCCAAUCUUAGGUGACCUAUAUUUACAGAACAGAAACACUCUGUCCAAAUAGUGAUUUUCAUCUUGAUAUCAAUUAUUCCUUAAGUUGUAUCUCUGACCUUGAAAUCCUGCAUUUUAUUUUAUUCUUCAGCAUGAAGCCUGUAACCAUGGCUAUCUUACCAUCACUGAACUUCUGUUGGAACAUGGUGCAAUGAUUAACACUCCUGGAGGGUUUGAUCAUGAUACACCUCUGCAUGAUGCGGUCACCAAUGGGAGAGUGGAAGUAGUGAGUCUGUUGAUCUCCAGAGGAGCUGCUAUUAAUGUCAGGUGGGAAACUCAAUUUACUAUCUCUUAGGUUUCGGUUUAAGAAUUCUCUUCAAUUACCUUAUUUUAUAGGAUCCUGUAUGGUGUACAUGAAGAUUGCCUUGGUUGAAAUCAAUCAACUAAUUUAAUUGUGGAUUUGUUUAUUGGUCAGCAGGUGACCGACUCUCAACAGGUAGUCAGCUUAGUCAAUGCCCCAAUCGUGGUUGUCAUCUUAGUUUGGAUGUAGACCAAGGUUUUUUUUUAUGAAGUUUGAAAAUUGGCUGACCACUGGUUUUCUUAAGGUUGACUACUGUACCAACCGAGGUAACGACUGACUGUUAAUUGAGAUACAUACACAGUAUAAUUAUUGACCAAGACUGACUAUAGCACACAUGAUCUCUUUACCCCUCCCCCCUCUCCUUCCCCCCCCCACCCAUCUGUAUUGACCAUUUCAUGUACUGGUAGUUCCAAUCUGAUCCUCAAACUACCUGCUGAUCUUUUUUACUCACUACUGUAGAAACAAACAGGGACUCCUUCCAAUAGACUAUGCAGCCACUGAAGAAAUGGUGUCCAUUUUAUCAACAUCAUCUCCCAAUAAGGAAAUUGACUCCUCAACAACAGUACCAUCACUUCCAGACAUGAAGGGUUCAUCAGACUCCCCUAAGGUGUUACUUGCAACUGGCCUUAGCUCAGAACAAAAGGUACAUUUAUUUACUUUGCCAAGUAUCUAAUUGUGCUUGUGGUAAAACAACUCAUCACAUUUGAUUUGUCAUUCCCAGUCAUUAGUGUGAAUUCUGCUAUAACUUACAGUAAUCUUUGGUAACAGUGUUACCUGAAAUUGUUGUGAUGAUAUCAACAAUGUAGCACUGACCUUUACUGAACGUGUUUACAAUCUCUGUAGGUAAAUAUACAAAAAUGUGUGAGGAUUCUCAAUGCAAGUAUUGUCAGCCAAUUUUCUCUGUCUGGUAAGUAAAGUGUUCCUGUUCAGUCUGUUGUUUCCUGAACACUGAUUACAAAGAGUAUAUACAGUAUGACUAAAUAUUAAUCAAAAGUUAAAAAUGUUCGAAUUAUUGUUGUUUGUUUAGUGACACACAUUGUGACAGCAACCAACAACAAAGGAGUUUGCCCAAGGACACUGAAGUAUUUGAAUGGUGUGUUGACUGGAAAAUGGAUUGUGAAGUAUCAAUGUAAGUCCAUGGUUCAUUACAUUAACUGGAAAAAGCUUUGUUGGCAUAUAAUCCACUCUGUCAGAAAACACCUCCACAUGCUUCAUAUAAACCUCCAAUGUUAGUCUCUGCCUUCCCUAGGUCACAUCUCUGGAUUAUAUCAAGCAUGUCUCCUAAGAAAAAGUACUUCAGAGUGGGUGAUUUGAUCUUACAUUCGAUUGCAAAUGUACAUAAUAUAUAAUCAUUACAAUUCUUAUGUCCCUGCUAAAGAGAACCUCCUGUUUUUCUGUGAAAAUUGCCUUCCUUGGCUGAUUAAGAAGAGCAUUUAGGGAGUUAUUGUUGGCAAAUGAUCUAAAACUUGCCUAUUGUUCAAUUUUUAAUCUCAAUUUGUCUCACUCAUCUUCUAUGUAGGGAUACUGAAAAGCUUGCAGAGAAAAACCUGGGUAGAUGAAACACCUUUUGAGGUUAAGGGUACCAAUGAUGCCAUGAUGGAUGCACCUAAAAGAGCUCGCAUCAAUUCUCUGAAGCAGGUUGGUUGUGCACUACAUUCAACAUCUUGAAAGAGCCAUUAACAAUGUUUUGAUUUUUUUGUAAUUUCCAAGUGACAAAAGAAAGGUGUUGCAGCAAAGUGGUUGAUGAACUUGUGUACCCAAAGUUCUACCAAAGCUGUACUUAAACAAAAAAAAACAAACAAACAAACAACAAAAACCCAAAAAAAAUGAGGACAAAAACCAAAAUGUGAAAAAGCUUAAUGAAAAUAAGGAGUGACUAAGAUUGCAAGUUGAACUUUGUGGAUAACAUGCAAAACAACUCUUCAUUUCUCAUUAUAUUUUCCAGCUUCCUGGUUUGUUUGAUGGAUGCCAGUUUUUCUUCAAUGGUGAAUUUAUCCCUCCUCAACCUUCAAAAGAGGAUCUAGUACAGUUGGUCAAAUAUGGUGGAGGCAGAAUCUUAUCUCGUGAACCAAAACCAGAUAUUGAUGAAUCUCUCUGCUUACCUAGAACUCCUGAAUCUAACAAGGCCUCUGUCACCUUAGCCCCUGUUGCUUACCAUGCAAAUCCAGACACUAAACAUUACAGAUGCACUCAAUUCAUCAUCUAUGAUUCACUGGCAGAAAAGAAGCCUCACAUCUGGGACACCGGGUCAGUUUGUAGCAUGCCCUCGACAUGGCUUAUGGACUGUGCUUCAAACUUUCAAAUACUGACUUUAGAGUGAGACUGUAAUGCCUGUAUGGUGUUCAUUGACUUCAUUAGGCAGAACAGAUCUGAUGAUUCUUCAGCUACUGCCCAGAAUUCUCCUGCUAAAUUUUGAUAACCUGAGCUGCUAGCUAUUCAAAUGUGGAGAAUAUUCUUGUUACUUACUGCUACACCCAAGCUGUUUUAACACCUUAAUUGAGAAGAAUGAUCUGACCUCUGCUUAUAACGACUCCACAUCAAACAUUUUUUCUAGAAAUAUUGUAUUUAAUAUUUUCAAAUUUCUAAUGCAACUAUAUAACAAUGCUAUUUGUCAGAGUUUUCAUUAA